AUGGAUGUACCUACCACUCCACCCACACUUCCACGGCCAACCCUCUCAUGUGAGAGAUGUAAAAGGCGGAAAAUUAAAUGUGAUCGCUCCCUGCCCAAAUGCUGGACUUGUGUGAAGACCUCACGAGAGUGCUCGUAUCCACUUGUUUCGAACAAGCCGGGACCAAAGCCAGGCGUCCUUCAACGUCGAAGAGCUAGGACGGACAAUUCAAGUGAGGGUGGAGCGAGCUCCUAUCAGAACAACAACCAUGCUCCUGGAUCUGUAUCGAUAGAGCCUACUACGCCGGCGUCUCUUCCCUCCACAGAACCGAGAAUCGAAAGGUCGCCGUCAAGAGGUCUUGCAUUGUCUCAAUUGCUGCAACUUUCUCAUGAACCCUUUCCUCAGAACACGACUAGUGCCAGUGGACAGGGAGACCGAAGUCAGAACUAUCACCUUGUCAUUGAGAACAUUUGCAAUGCUUUUGAAAUCUCAAGUGAGGCGUAUAAAUUGCUAAUGGACGCCUAUUUCCAGAACAUGACUUCUUUCUCGCUUUUCCACAAACCCUCAUUCGAUGCCAAACUCUCUGCUAUAUCCUCAUCAACCCAACUCCAGGCACUCGUCGCAUCAAUGUUCAGCUUCUCGUCACGCUUUAUCAAAGCAUCAACUUUAAAGAUCCCCACUCCUCGUCAUUUCUACGAUCUCGCCUCCAAAGUUACAGAGACCGCUAUCCAAGACUGUGCCGACGAAGUCUUCCCGCUCCAUCUCCUCCAAACCCUCCUACACAUCACUUUCCAACAACUCACCGAAGGUGUCCGAGGUCGCGCAUGGCGUUCACUCGGAACGUGCGUCCGCACUGCCUAUGAGCUCCAACUCCACCUCAUCGACAAACUUCAAAACAACCGAACCAGCAGUAAUGCGGCACUCGACGAAGAGAAACGACGUGCGUGGUGGGUGAUUUGGGAAUUCGAUGUCUUUGCAAGCACGAUUCGCCGACUUCCUACUGCGAUCGAUUGGAAAGAAAACGAAACCUGGCUUCCUGUGGAUGAUGAAGCUUGGUUUGCGAACGAAUCCGUCAGCAGCUGUAGACUUGAGCCUGAUCCAGCUCUGGCGUGGAAGUGCCUACAAAAGAGCGGCAACACGAGUGCAAAAGCUUGGUUCAUCGUCGCGAAUGCCCUCGUGCGAUGUGCGCAUCUUCUCUCGUACCCACAAACAUACUCGGCCGCCUCAGCAGUUGAAGCCGGUGAAGUUCCCCGAGGACUCGACAUCCUCGCCAACUCUCUCUACUGCCUCACGACCGCCCUGCCACCCGACCUGAUCUACAAAGGAGAAUUCCUCAGCUUUUCAUGCAGCUCUCUUCAGACGGAUACCGCCAAGCACUGUGUACACAUCAUGACCCAACUCUCCCGCUUCAUGUUGAACCACUACCAAGUUUUCGACAGUACAUCCCGCCACCUCGGCGAGAAGGCCUCCUCAUCCACCAACACCACUGACUCAUCAACCCUCACACCCCUCGACCAAACUGCGUGGAACCACUACCUCACUGCCGCAGCCUCCAUUGUUACUCUCCUCAGGAAUUGCCCACUCUCCCACGUCCAGUACGCCAACCCUUUCCUCGCAAGCACCAUCUGGCUCGCCGCCGCAGCACAGGUCGUAUCCAAGAGCUUUGGCGACAAGCUGGUGGAUCCACGGGUGGCAGACUCCAAUCUCGAUGUCCUGCAGAUGAAUCUGAAUGCUUUCGUGGAGUUCUGGGGAGUUUCGGAUGCAUUGAGGGUUAAACUCCGGACGUUGGAGAAUAAGCUGAAGGUGUUUGCUGAGAGUAGGGGGGCUGAGAGUGAGCCUGGCGGUCCUUCUCAAUUACUGUCUGCAGCUCGGGCGGAUGAUAUGGUUGUACAAGGUUCUCAGAGCCAGAUGGUGAGUAUGCAAAGUACGGGCUGGAUCGGUGGGAAUGAGGGAUACGUCAACAAUAUGUGGGCGGAACCACGAUUUGACAUCCUGAAUCCAUCGAUGAUGCCUGAUAUGAAUCUGAACCUGUGGGGAUGGGGAAUGGAUGAGCUAAUGAAUUAUGGUGGUAUCGAAUGA